AUGGAUAGAGUGGUGAAAUGGAGCCAUGGAAGUGAUACGAUCUGUGUUCUAUGUAACAAGGCACCAGAAUCUCGUAACCACUUAUUCUUUGAAUGUGAUACUUCAGCUCAAGUUUGGGAAUAUGUUGUCAAGGGUAUUCUGAAGCAUGAAUUCACCACUAUCUGGUCAGAGAUUAUUCACAUCAUUUCAGACAAGAAAAGGGAGAAGAUGAGCCUUUACUGCAUCAGAUAUGCAUUUCAAGCUGUCUUAUAUGCUAUAUGGAGAGAAAGAAACCAAAUUAAGCAUGGGGAGAAGAUGAUUCCUAUUUCUACUCUCAAAAGAGUUAUUGAGAAAGGAAUAAGAAACAAAUUCAGCUUGGUUUGCAAGAAAAGAGCCAAAGGCAUGGGAGAGUUAUUGCAGUUUUGGUUCUCAACCAGAAUCUAA